AUUUCAAAAACAGUCCUAUUCGGCACUGGUUGCUUGAAAUUAGAGCUCUUUUGGAUUCAUCCGGCCGAGUCCUCGAUCCAUCCAUCCAUCCAUCCAUCCGCAGGGACACCUUACGCUCGUCGUCGUAGGUCUCUUUCCAACUCUGUCAAGCCCCGCUUCGCAAGAAUCCCCGCCCAGCCAUGACUGAAGUCUUUUCCAAGAACCCUUUCGAGCUCCUCGAUGACGAUUUCCAGCCCGUCUCUGGCAACAAGGCCGCCUCUGGUGAUGCCAAGAAGGAUGUGAAGAAGUCCGAGUCGGCUGGUCCCCGCAGCAACCGCGGCGGCCGCUCCGAUGGCAAGCGUGGCCCCCGUGGCGAUGGCCGCGGCCAGGUCGCCAACGGCGAAGAGCGCUCCGAGAAGCGUGCCGAUCGUCCCCGCCGCGAGCGUGGUGGCCGUCCCUUCGAUCGCCACUCUGGCAUGGACCGCAAGGACAGCCACAAGAAGGACGUUGCCGGCAAGGGCACCUGGGGUGAUGCCACCGAGGCUAGCGCUGAAGCUGCUGCCGUUGUCCUCGCCGAGGAGACCGUUGAGGUCCUGACCCCCGAGGAAGAGGAGCGCCGUGCUGCUAUCAAGAAGGAGCAGGAGGAGCGCCUGGCCGCCUUCAAGAAGGAGCAGGAGGAGGAGGAGAAGAAGAAGACCCUCGACCAGUUCCUUGCCGAGAAGAACGCCAAGGCCAACGCUCUUGCCGCCACCAACAUCCGCCGUGCCAACGAGGGUGCUGACAACGCCCAGUGGAAGGAUGGUGUUGUCCUCAGCAAGACCGCCGAGGAGUUCAUUGUCCUCAGCAACAAGGAGCAGAAGCCCAAGAAGGUCGCUGCUGCUGCUGCCAAGCCCGUCAAGGCCGUCUUUGAGAUCGAGCAGCGCUUCAACGAGCCCGCCCGCGCCGAGCGCAGCGAGCGUGGCGAGCGUGGUGAACGUGGUGAGCGCCGCGGUGGAAACAGCAGCCGUGGUGGAAACCGUGGCGGCAACCGCCCCAGCCGGGGAACUCGCCCCAACACCGCCAGCGCCGUCAAGCUGGACGACACCGACGCCUUCCCCAGCCUCGGUGCUUAAACCCGCUCACUUGCGAGCCUAACGGCGGAUGUCUAGAUCAAUGGAUGGAAGAGAGAAACACCACAACAACAAAGCUUGCUGCAUCACGGGAGUUCUGCUCGUUACCAAAUGAUUCACUUGUUCGGCUGGAAAAGAGAAUCGCGACCCAUGUUUUCCCCCCCCCACUUGAUUGUAGAUAUCGCUCUGACCUGUGCAUGAAUGGAAUGCCAAAUGACAACAUUGUUACAUGUGAAUUUCUAAUUGCUAAUUUGUCAUAUAUUCUGAUCUCACAUUGA